CUUUGGUCAUGUGGUGCCCCCGGAAGAGUGGCAGAGAGUCUUCUGCUGCUGCUGCUCGAGAGUGCCGCGGGUGAGAGCGGAGACUGAGGGCGGGCGGUGCAGGAGCCUCCUGGCUGGGGCUGCUGGCAGCACUGGGUAGAGAACAGAGGAGCUGAGCGGUGCCUGGGGAGAGGAGACAACAUGUCUUUCCCGUUCCGGAGAAGAGAUGCCAACCAGUUUAAACACAUAGCCCACGGCCUCAUCCCUGCAGCUACCGUAGCUCCCCGGUCUGCCGUUCCUCGCACCCCUCCCCCACGUAGCCCCAACCCUUCUCCAGAGAGACCCAGAUCCGCUCUUGCUGCCGCCAUUUUGAUGACCUCACUGACGGGUCGGAUAGUUGCUAUACCUCAGCCGCGCCAAAGAUCCUAUUCUGAAAAUGAUAGCACACGCGUGGAAGAAGCGGAGCGCAUUGAACCCUAUGCUACGGCCAGAGAUCUGGGAUUGGAAGAGAACUGGAAAGCCUAUGCCACUCGGGGGAACGUAAGCUCUCCGGUCAUGUCUUUUGAGUAUGAGGAUGACGACACGGAGGAGCAUAUGUCGGACAUUGAGAGAGAACACACAAAACAACUGCCUGAGUGGAAAGCUGAACGAUCCUCAAACGAUCCAAUAUAUGCAGUUCCACAUAGAGGGAGGACGAAGAUAAGAGCUGCAACAAGAACGGAGGAAGAGGAUGGCAGCGGUACGUCCUCGCCGGAAGGUGACAGUCGUCCAGCAGCGUCACAGCACCUACCUACAGAAGAAUCCAGCGCGGAUGGGGGCACAGAGUCUCCGAUUCCUCGCCCUGGCCCAGAGAGCGUCCGCAAGCAGGCGGUGGAAAUGGUCACAUCAGGUACUGUAGGUCUACCUGAGACUCUGAAGCCAAGCUCAUUUGAAAUAAAACAGGACGAGGACGGUCAUUUGCGGGCUGCAAAUCUGCAGCUGACCAGCCAAAAUCGGGAGCUGAGUGGUCAGGUGGAGGCGAUGAGGGAGAAGAUAAAAUCCAUGCGGGUGAAGCUGAAGAAUCUGAAGAGUGAAAAGAAGGAGCUGGCAGAGAUCUGCCGGACGUCACAAGGAGAAGCGCAGGCAGCGGAACUGUUCUCCCUGAGGGAGCAGGCACAGGAACUAGUGGACGAUAACGACGCUUUAAAUAUGACGAUCCACCGGCUGAACGUGGAGCUGAGCCGCUACCAGACCAAGUAUCGCCCUUUGUCCAAGGAAGAGAAUGUGAAGAUUGGCGGAUUACCUUCCCGGGGACCCCCCCCACCCUGGCUGCUGGAUAUGAAAUAUCUAUCACCAUUACUACUUGCUUAUGAAGACCGAAUAAAGGAGAAGGACAAUCUGAUUGUGACAUUUGAGGAGGAAAUAAAAAAUUUCAAAGUACGCGUUAACGAGAUCAUAGAGGAAAAUGAGAACUUGCACCAGCUUUUGGCCCAGGACAGACCUGUAACUAAUAAGGAAUGGGAGCUGCUACAAGCUCAGAGCAAACUCCUCAUAGAGGAAAACCAAGUACAGAGCCAGCAGCUGGAGGUACUGAAUGGAAAGAGCCGCGAGGCACACGCUGAGCAUCUCCAGGAGGUCACCCAAUUAACAAAGCAGCUAAUGACUUUGGAAGCUACGAAGCGGAGUCAGGAGGAAGAGCUGCUGGAGUCUCGGGAACAGCGGGAACUUCUACGCUCCAAGUGCAGCGAGCUGAAAGUGAACAUGGAAAGCAGAGUCGCUGCAGAGGAACACGUUGCCAUGGUGAACGAAUUAAAGAGCCGGCUCCGGCAGCAGCAGGAGGAUAACGCGAGUGAAGUGCGUGAUCUCAUGGCCAAGAUCUCUGUCCUGCAGGCGGAGAAGAAAGCUCUCCUCCUCCAGAGGAUUGACUUAUCAGAGGACAACAAGGUCCUGGAGGCCGAGGUGGAGAAAGUCAAAAAAUCUAACAGGAAGAUGCAGAGACGGCUCGGCCAGCUCAAGCAGCAGUUGGAGGAUGCAAUGGAGAAGGAGGUUGCAGCUCACCAGUAUCUGGCCAAUCUGAUAACUCUCGCUGAGAGCACCGCCUGGGAGCGGGACCAGCUUAUUCACAUGGCCAAAGGACUGGAAGCAGAAAGGCAUGGAGCCUUAGCGAAGAUGAUGGAAGGAAGUGUGCGUCUGGGGAGACUGGAAGAGACGGUGAAGGUGUACAAGAAGAAGGCUGCCAGCGCGGUACGAGGCAUCACUCACAGACUGACUGAGCAGGAGGAAGACUUUGUUGGGGAGGCUGCCCGCUACCAGCGGGAGAUGAAGCACCUUCACUGGCUGCUGCGAGACAGGCAGGAGAGCCUGGACGACGUCUUGCAGCAGAAAAGGCAAGUGGAAGGUGAACUGGAAGUCAUAUGGGAAUCGACGUCCAACGAGAACAAACAGCUGAAGGCUCUUCUGCACAGCGCUUUGAAGCAGAACAAGCCGGCCGUCAGUGACUCUCCCGUGCAGCGCGGCGACUCUGUCGUACUGUGCGACUUCAGUUACUGCAACGUGAAUUCCUCGCCGCGUGGAGAAGACCCGGUCUGAUGACAAGCCGCAGACUGUGUGAUGUCAUGAGUAGAAUCUCCGUCUGUAACAUAUGGAAGACCUCGUACCCGGCUUACCGCCAUGCGCGUAGCCUUAUUACUGGGUGUAGCGCAGAGCUGUCACGCAUUCCGCCACCAGAAUCACUGUGUAUGACUAAUAUUCUCCGUCUGUCUCCUUAUAUUCCUAUUGAAUGUUUUAUUGUUUCUAAAAGUUAUCAUCAAGGUAUUGUGUAUUUAAACUUAAUACAGAGGCAAAGACAGAUUCCUAGCCCCCAAAUAAUAUGUUGACCCGCCAUCAUUCGUGGCGCCAAUUGCGGCAGACCAAUCAGAUACUGGUUUCUCUUCCCCGUACACACUACUCAGCCGCAACACUCCCACAAGACAGAUCGGUUCUGUGCAAUCGCAAUGUCACCCUUCCCUAAACGCCCACUCGCUGCUUUUUGUCGCAGCCGAGCGAACGGGGCCCUACUGCGCAUGCGCCGUAGUGAUUGACAGGCAGAGGCGAUCACUGGGCGGGAGGGGGCGGAACAGCGGCGUUUGGCCGCCGUGGAAGCGGUCCAGCCAACGCAGGCCUGGCCGGACUGAACGACGGCCGCGCCGCAGUGGCUGCGCAACGUCACACGCAGCCGCUGCGGGCCAGGGAGCGAUGAGUAGCUCCCGGCCAGCACGCUAAAGCUGCGCUGGCCGGGAGCUACUCUUGGAGUGCAAAGACAUCGCCACUGUGUGAUGCCUUUGCACUUCUGCAGGGGGGGGGGCGGCACUGACAUGUGGGGCGGACAAGCCCAGUGCUGUGCAUCCCCCCCCCAUGUCAGUGUGAAUGAUCGUAGCUGUGCUAAAUUUAGCACAGCUACGAUCAACUCCGAAUGACCCCCAUAGACUGUGAGCUCCACUGGGACAGGGACUGAUGUGAAUGGCCAAACAUUCUCUGUACAGCGCUGCGCUAUAUGUGUGCGCUAUAUAAAUAACAGGUAAUAAUAAAUAGCUGCCAUUGUUAUCGGCGCACACUGGCUCCUACUCUGUCCCUGGAGCAAACGUUCCAUCAGAAACCGGAAUGAUUAUGUGGACACACAGCUCUGCCUAGGCCGCAGUUCCGCAGACACUCCCUACAUGUGCGCAACCAGUUACACCCCUUUACCACGCGUGGAGAUGUGAGCUGCGUACAUCUCUACAUGAACUGUGUACACGCUGGGCUCCGUAUAAUGCGCAGUGCGAAAACACCCCAAACAGACUGGCAAUAGGAAGAUGACGCCGCAGGAGAAAUGUUAUAGUAACGAUAACCAUUUGUGAAGGCUGAAGCUUUUCUCCAAGAAUCUGACUCCUCCCACUCAUUUGCAUUCUGCAGCCACCGGCACAUAUAUUAUUCGCUAGUUCUGCUUCCACGUGAUCCCUGGCAGCUUCCAUUAUGGCAGCGACAGUCCUUUGGUAGUUCUCCCCUAAACGCUCCUUCCCGUCGCCCAAAGUGCCGCACGUCCCCACACCGUGCACUCCACUAUGGUAAGAGCAAUGCAUGGUGACAUGACGGGACCGAUUUGAGGGGAGCGGGUAACGGGGAGUGGUAAUAAAAACAUAGGCGUGUCACAGCCAUUUUUGGGGGUGUAUCUGUUUCAGCUGCGAUCAUCUACGUAGCGAAACAUGGCAAAAGCGUCGCUACUGCCGCAGCCAGUCUGCGUGGCUAUAGACUCAGGGAAUCGAUGUUCCUCAUUUCUGCAUCGAUGCUGCAUAUUUGUGUAUGCAGUUGCUGAGGACUUGGCGACGGCCCCAGUGGGCGUCUAUAUUCUUUUCAGGGCGGCUGCUUCACUUGCGAUGAUUGGCGAGUCCGUCCGUAGGCUGGAAGAUUGCAGCUGCGUAAGAAUGUGCGCACAAAUUAGAAUCAGGCCUAUGAUGCAGGUUAUAAAGUAGAUUUGCAUCACCAGCCACGGUGCAUUCCUGCAGCGCAGAUCCACAAAGCCGUAAGUCGCCCCCUGUCUGCUGUGUGGAAGAAUGACUUCCCUUUCCGACAUCCUCCAGCAGGGGGGGAUAGAACAUGGUGUGGAAACACUCCAUUUAUUUCUGGUAUAUUACACAGCUCCGUUAUACACAGCCUGUGCUAUAUAUUAAUGCUAAAUAGCUGCUUCAUUUUUUAUUUUUUUUAUUGAAACUAACACAAAAAAACAUUGGAAACUGGGAGAGGAAGAUAGACAGUAAUAAAUAACAUAAUUGCGGGAGAAAGCAGAUGAUAGUGAAUCAUUGGGGACAGAAUACUAUUGUUCUUUAUACUUCAAUGGAUGAUGGAAAAUCGUCACUGCAGUUCUCAGCACUGUACUGUAUAUAUAAACUCCAUAUAAACCAUUUGUUGGGAAAAUAUAGAGUAUACAGGUUGAGUAUCCCAUAUCCAAAUAUUCCGAAAUACGGAAUAUUCCGAAAUACGGACUUUUUUGACUAAGAGUGAGAUAUUGAAACCUUUGUUUUUUGAUGGCUCAAUGUACACAAACUGUUUAAUACACAAAGUUAUUAAAAAUAUUGGCUAAAAUGACCUUCAGGCUGUGUGUAUAAGGUGUAUAUGUAACAUAAAUGCAUUCUGUGCUUAGAUUUAGGUCCCAUCGCCAUGAUAUCUCAUUAUGGUAUGCAAUUAUUCCAAAAUACGGAAAAAUCUGAUAUCCAAAAUACCUCUGGUCCCAAGCAUUUUGGAUAAGGGAUACUCAACCUGUAUUAUAUUUCUAUUUAAUUCAAUCAUAUAUGUCUUUUAUUACUAAAGCUAAUGUAUUAGACUAAGCUUACUAUCAAGACUGAUCAUCGGAUAUAUUUUGUUUUCCGUGUUUUUGUAGAAUAAAAAAACUAGUUUACAUAUUUUUAAAUGAAAACAGAGGUACUCCUAUCUAAAACUUAUUUCUGAGUCCUAAUAAACGGUGCCUCAUCUUGUGAAAUGCACUAAACUUCUCAGUAAUGCCUUAUUCUGCAGUCUAAACCAGUGGAACUCAACUUCAACCGUCACGUUUUCCCAACAGUCCGUGGUUUAGGAAUUCUGUAUGUGAAAGCGGCUGGGAUAACUACUGACCCAGCAAAAUAGAUUAGCUCACCUGUGCAAGAAAUACAGAAAACAUGGCCUGUUGUUGCUUGAGGUUGACUCCAUUUGGACUAAUGUUCAGAUCCGGUCUAAAGUGAUGGGAGAUCCCGGGGUAUGAUAUUCAAUUGUGUCCCUUUUGCGCACUGAUCGCACGCAUAGAGGUCGGUUUUAGCCGCAGACCAAAGUGCUGGGCGCGAUCACAAAAAGUGCCAUUUGGGUCACUUUUUUGCACUUUCAGCUCCCUACCCCCCGGGGGUUGCGAGCUGAAAUGCGGAUGCCAGCAGCCAUCUCGUCCGGACGGAGCUGCGAUUAAGUAGCUCUGUUUUGGCGCCAUCUAGUGGCUACCGAUGGGAAAACAUUUAAAUCUCGCCUUUAGGAUGACUAAUUUGGUUCUGAAAACAAAUACUGCAGGUAAUUCCUGACACACACAACACACAGAUUUUCCAGUGUAUAAUCUACAGGAGCAGCUUUAAAUGACUUGAAUUUAAAUUCAAACAUCUUGCAUUUAUAUAUUUGUGUAUCACUCCCAUUCCGCCCCCCGUCAUCCUGUUUUGUAUUCUCUGUCAUCCCUUUCAUGUAAUAAAAAAAUCAUAAAUGAGGGGAGAAAAAUAAAAAUCAAAAUUAUUUUUUUAAAUAUAUAUUGUCACAAUAGAUCUAUUUAAUAGGAUUGCACUGCUUGUAAAGCUUAUUUUUGCAGAAUUAAAGAAGCAUAUUUGAAA